GGCGACUUCUCAUUCGUCAGCCAGAGGCAGUUUGAAUUUGGUGUCGGCGGUAGCGCGUCUGGCGGGGAUCGGCCAAUCUUUAUCUGGGGCCCGGUUUCUGGACAGCAGCCUCCAGCCAAACGCCAUGGCUCCGGCCAGGAAAGGCAGCCGUGGGGUGGCCAAGACCAACUCCUUACGGAGCCGAAAACUCGCCUCCUUUCUUAAGGAUUUCGACCGGGAAGUGGAAAUACGAAACAAACAGAUUCAGUCAGACGGGGAGAAGCUCCUCAAGGAGAUAGAUAACCUGUACGAAAUGGAGAUUAUGCGGCUCCCCAAGGCGCUGCGCGAGAUGAACUGGCUGGAGUACUUCGCCCUGGGAGGAAACAAAGGUGCCCUAGAAAAAGCAGCAACGGCUGACCUGGAUAUCACAGAAAUAAACAAACUAACAACAGAAGCUAUUCAGACACCCCUGAAAUCUGCCAGAGCACGAAAGAUAAUGCAAGUGGAUGAAAUGAUAGUGGAAGAAGAAGAAAAAGAAGAGACUAAAACUAAGAAUCAUCAAACUUUGCGGGUCAAACGGUGUCCUCCAUCCAAGAAGAGAACCCAGUCCAUUCAAGGGAAGGGCAGAACCAAAAGGUCAAGCCAUUGCAACACUGUUACGCCAGCCGUGGGUCGACUGGAGUUAUCUAUGGUGAAACCAACUCCAGGCCUGACGCCCAGGUUUGACUCAAGGGUCUUCAAGACCCCAGGCCUGCGUACUCCAGCAGCUAGAGAGCGGAUUUACAAUGUCUCGGUGAAUGGCAGCCCUCUCGCAGACAGCAGAGAGAUUUUCCUCACAGUGCCAGUGGGAGGCGGAGAGAGCAUCCGGUUACUGGCCAGUGACUUGCAGAGAGUGGACAUCGCACAGCUGGAUCCAGAGGCCUUGGGAAACGUCAGGAAGCUCUCCAGCCGUCUCGCCCAGAUCUGCAGCAGCAUCCGGACUCACAGAUGAGGCUGCUCUUCCGAGCCCGGCUGACAGGGUGGAAUUGCAGUGGGCACUUCUGGGACCCUGAAGAGGUCUUUCCCUUCAGCCUUAUUUUUUGAGUGUGAAGUUCCAGAACAGGGUCUGAUGUUCCUCUUCUUCCUACUCAAGCUUUUUUUCCCCAAGUUGUUUUAAUCUCCCUUUCUCAAGACUUUUGUACACACUGAGCAAGUUUAUCUGUAUACCGAUAUGUUAACUUUUAGUAGCUCUCAGUAUAAUCAGUUUUCAAUAAAGGUGAAGUUUUUUCUAA